UUCCAUCAAACGCCAUGUUGGCGUUUACGUUUGACAGUUUGGGUGCUCGUUCUGGAUGGUGGAAAUGUAGUGGUGCGAUGUACACCACUAAAAUAGUGUAAAUUGAGAAAUUACACUAGAAUUUGACCGCCUCGAAUAACAUUCCCCAGUGCUUUACUAUUGAAAAUUGAAUGCAAAUAAUCGUUUUCAAAAUGGCAGCAAUAAAUUCCGCUACACCAUGGUUCGGGUUUCUUGUGUCAAACCCGAAACCACGUUUGUUUGUUUAUGUUCGUUACGUUCGUACAGUGCCCUGCUAACAAAAAAAGGUGUCAUGAAUGUGUUAAUUUGUGAAAUCAAUCUCGUUACGCGCAAAUACAAUUUGUUAUCGGUACAUAUUUACCGCAAAUGGAUAGUUUACGUUUUUAUUACGUUAUGAAACAUGUUUCAUGUGGGGAGCGGAAAGUGAUUCGCAGGAACUGACGUUCAUCAUCUGGUGUCGCAAAAUUAGGCUGUUACUGUACAGUUUCUCACCGAGGCUGCAUGCCAGCUACGUAUGAGUGUGUGUGUGUGCGGGCAGAUGAGUUUUGCUUGAGAUUUGGAAGGAAAAACAAAAGAUCAACGAAAUCCUGUCUCUCUUAGCGGAGCUAGUAGCUGUUGGAGGAAAGUACGGUGGGAAUACUCAUCGUUACUCGCAUGAUUUUCCCACAGCAGCAGCAGGCCAACAAUAAGCACCUGCACUGACAACUUACGUGUGAGAUUGCAAAGAUCAGCUGUAAUCUUCGUUUUGCGUUAAGCAGACUCGAGCAGCAUUAGGCAGCAAAAAGGGAGUUUUUCUACUAUUUUUUUUUGUACCGUACCGGACACACGUUUCGAGUUCCGGGUGACGUGAGGAUGAAAUGAUUCAUGCUUCCCCGAACGACGUCAGCCCGCACGGAAGUGAAACUAUCAUCCGACCGGAUCCUUCACCUGUCCCAUCAUCGCUGCUAUAUCAGUGGUGGUACCAGCGCGAAACAACGGACCAGCACCGGGAGCAUCAGGAACGGCACGGGUAUAGUACCGGCUGCCUGGAGGCUAUUUACAAUACCGCUCUGCUCUAUCUACACGAAACGCUGGAUCAUAUCGCCCUAGUGUUACUCGCCUACAGCAUACUAUGCAUCGUACUGUACCGGGUGCUGUUUCACCGUGCAGCCGGCUCGGCCUGGUACGGCCGUUGGCUGAUGCGCCGCAGUCAUCUGCCACCCUGCAACCGGGCCCUGCUCGUGACCGCCCAUCCCGACGACGAAGUGAUGUUCUUCGGCCCCACGAUACUGGAGCUACGGCGCCGGCAGUGUCGCGUGUUUGUCCUUUGCCUGUCCGAGGGCAAUCACGAUCGAAAGGGGGCGGUCCGGCGCCAGGAGCUGUGGGAUGCGUGCGAGAGCUUGGGCGUGCGGGCGGAGGAUAUAACGCUGGUGAACGCAACGCACCUGCAGGACGAUCCGACCGCCGAAUGGAAAACGGUAACGAUCGCGAAUCAGCUGCUCCGUCAGCUGGAGUCGCUCGACGCGGAACUGCUGAUCACGUUCGACAAAGAGGGCGUCAGUGGGCAUCCGAAUCAUUGUGCAAUUUACUAUGCGACCGCGUCGCUAUGUCUUUCCGGGAUGAUACCGAGCAAUUGUAAAGUAUUAACAUUAGAAACGGUGAACCUGUGCCGAAAAUAUUUGUCAAUAUUUGAUCUUCCGGUAACGUUGCUGCUGUCUACCAAUUGGGUCAUUCUUAGCUGGAGGGCUCGCCGUGCAGUGCAGAAUGCGAUGCGUCUACACAGCUCCCAAAUGGUGUGGUUUCGCAAGCUGUACAUAAUCUUCUCCCGCUACAUGGUGAUCAAUUCGUUGCGCGAAAUCAACAAAUCGGACGUAGAGUUUGAAAUACUGGACACCUAGAUGAGCAACGGCCACCCACAAGUGUGCACCCCACAGCUUUCUUCCAUCAGCCAGAGGGACCACACCGUCUUUUUUUACUAGGGACACGAACACACUAGCGGAUUAGUGAGCGAGAAAAAAAAUGGCAAGGAUGUUCCUUUAGUGGCAAACUGAUAAACGAUAAGUACGCGAUGCGCUUUCGCUAGUCUCUUUGUAUUUAUGUUUUUACCCCGUAAGUAGUUGAAUGCGAGAAGCAGUGAAUCCGUAGAGGCAUUUUAAUCGAAUUAUUUGUUGCGCUCUGUUGCAUUGAAUCAAAAUUCUUGAUAUCGUGAGAUGAUGCUGUGCCGGUGAAAAAUAUAUUGAGUAGCAAUUAUGUUGAGUUAGCAAUGUUUAGAAAGAAUUCACCACCAACUCUUCCACUAUCUCCACUUCCAUUUAGCGUUAGUCCUGUAACCGGAAUUCGUUAUCGUUAUUGCAGAGCAAUUUUCUUUUUCUGCUUCAGUUUUUCCUACACAUCCUGCAAAUGCAUUCACUCGUGAACACUUUUGGAUAAUAAAGCUAGCCGGGAUUUUUUGAAGCUGA